AUGAUAGAUAAGUCCCAACAGACUGAAGUGACAGAGAAAAAGACACACUUGCCUAUAUCACAGUCAUCUGCCCCCAAAGCUACCCUUAGUAUUGGUAGUAUUCCCGGAAGAAAAAUCAACUAUGAAUCUGGUAGUUUAUCUGCUCAACUUCAGCAAACUUGGACACAGAGAAAGCAUGUGCAGAAUAUGACUGAUAAAUCUCUGCAGACAGACACUAUUGCAGAAAAAAAUGAAAUCAAAUCAUCUUGUCGAACAGUGGCACCUGAAGAAAAGCUAGCUGCUAUUGAUGAAGCAGCCCCUGAAUUUCUGGAGAGUGUUCAGGAAGUAGAAAUUCCACCAAGGAGACACUCACUUCAUCUCAAAACAGACAGAUCUCAGCAGACCAGUUGUACUGGAGACUGGACAAUGAUGGACAUUUUUCAAAAAGAGAAAGCAGACAACGAACAGCAGACACAUAUUACUGAAUCAGAAAAAGUGGUUAUUGGCUGGCCAGAGUCAAAGGAAGGUACGCAGAAACACAAAUCCUCAGGGAAGAUAUUUGUUAGUGAACAUCCUGAAUCUCAACCUGCAGUGAAUAGUAACGAAGAAAUUAGACAGAAAAGUGGCAGCAGAACUGAUACUCAACAGACCAAAAAAGAUGCUCCACUGCAUUUAGAAGAUGAGCAAGAUGUUCCAGUUGAAGUAAAACCUCCUGCAUCAGAAGAGAUCUCUGCUGAGAUGCAACUUCCACUAGCUGAGAAGACUCCUGCAGAAGUCCUUUCUGAAGUUCAGCCUCCACUAACUGAGGAGGCUCCUAUUGAAAUACAACCUUCCCCAGAUGAAGAGGCACAUGGAGAUGAGGCCCCUGAUAAAGUAAAGCCUACUCUUGCAGAAGAGACUUCCACAGAAGUUCAGCCUUUACCAGAUGAGGAGGCCCCUGUAGAAGAGUCCAAAGAAGAAGUUCAGCUUCCAUCAGCUGAGGAGGCCCUUGCAGAAGAGGUCUCCACUGAAGUGCAGCCUCCACCAGCUGGGGAGGCCCCUGAAGAAGAAUCCUCUGUCAAAGUUCAGCCUCCACCAGCUGGGGAGGCCAUUGAAGAGGAGUUCUCCAUAGAAGUUCAGCCUGCACCAGCUGAAGAAGCCCCAGAAGAAGCCCAGCCUCCACCAACUGAGGAAACCUCUGCUGAAGUUCAUCCUCAACCAGCUGAAGAGGCCCUUGCAGAAGAGGCAUCCUCUGAAGUUCAGGCUCUACUAAUUGAGGAGGAGGCCCCUGCAGAAGAGGCCUCCAUCGAAGUUCAGCCUCUAACAGCUGGGGAGGCCCUUAAAGAAGAGUUCUCCACAGAAGUUCAGCCCUCACCAGCUGAGGAGGCCCCUGCAGAAGAGUCCUCCAUAGAAGUUCAGCCUGAACCAGCUGAAGAAGCCCCAGAAGAAGCCCAGCCUCCACCAACUGAGGAAACCUCUGCUGAAGUUCAUCCUCAACCAGCUGAGGAGGCCCUUGCAGAAGAGGCAUCCUCUGAAGUUCAGGCUCUACUAAUUGAGGAGGAGGCCCCUGCAGAAGAGGCCUCCAUCGAAGUUCAGCCUCUAACAGCUGGGGAGGCCCUUAAAGAAGAGUUCUCCACAGAAGUUCAGCCCUCACCAGCUGAGGAGGCCCCUGCAGAAGAGUCCUCCAUAGAAGUUCAGCCUGAAUCAGCUGAAGAGGCCCCAGAAGAAGUCCAGUCUCCACCAACUGAGGAGGCCCCUGCUGAAGUUCAUCCUCGACCAGCUGAGGAGGCUCUUGCAGAAGAGGCCUCCUCUGAAGUUCAGCCUCCACCAGCUGAGGAGGCCCUUGAAGAAGAGGCCCCAUAUGAAGUUCAUUCUCUACCCCCUGAGGAUAUCUAUGACAAGGAAGGUCCAGCUGAACUUCAGCCUCCUCCGAAGGAAAUGAUCCCUGUUGAUGGACAGUCUUUACUAGAUGAGGAGUCCUUUAUUACGCAAAUCUCUAUAGAAGACACCUAUCCUGAAGGUCAGCUUCCACUAUCUGAACAAAUCCCUGAAGAUGAGGCUCUGGUAGAGAAUGUGCCAACUGAAUAUCAGUCUCCCAAGGCAGCAGGUGUACCAGUGGUAACAUUAGAAUCACUGGCUUUGGAAGAUGAGCCCAAAUCUGAAGAGCAUUUAGAACCAAAUGCUGUUCCUGAAGAUUCAUCUGAUACCAAGAAUGAAGAUAUUUCUUUUAAAAUAGAGGGUGUCAUCCAUAUAGAACUGGAAUAA